AUGGUUCACGAUACAAUAAUAUGUAUCAAGAAUCUAGUACCACGGGAAACCUCUGAGAACAUCCGAUACCAAAACUUUGCAGAUUCGCCGGUGCUCUGCAACUAUGACAGACUGUGCAUUAUAUUACAUGGAACCACCGGUAAGGAAGUAUCAGAGUAUCAGCAGCAAAAUCAUUUCACUGUUCACCCCGUACAUCAUAUUACCAGAACCAUGACUUCAAAUGAUGACAAAAUACCCAAUAAAUUCGAUUCUCCCGGUUUGUCCGUGGCACAGGAGAACGAGGUACCAGCGGUGGUGGAGCAAAAAGACAAGAUGACGAUGGUGAUGGUGCAGAAUAACGGAGUGUCAGUGGUAUCGGCACAAAAGGACAAAAUGCUUGUGACACAGAAGGAUGAGAUGCCGGCGACACAGAAGAAUGUGUCAACGACACAGAAAAAUAAGGUGCCGGUGGCACAGAAAGAAAAGGUACCGACGACACAGAAGCUCUCGAAUGUUCCAAUCGUGGACCCUGCUGAAAAAGAAGAGCGCGGACGUAGAGAAAACGUGACCGUGGACCUUGCAGGAAAAAAAUCUGUCCGUUGCGUAGAUUUUAAGAGCAUUGUAAAGCUGUCAAGACUGUGCUACAUUUUAAACUCAAAUGUAAUGGAAUUAAAAUUGUUUUACGAGAACAAGGGUUAUUCGUAUUCUAAGGCAAAAUAUGUCACCUUUGAACCGGAACUCCGAUCGCUGGUAAACGAUAUGCCAAAGCUGUUGAAUAUAUUGAACGAAAUCAGUGUACACCGUGAUAAAAUCAGGUUAGUGGUUGACAUCUACAGUUCUUACGAGUCCCGGUACAGGGAGCUCAGGAGGAUCUGUUCGAUGUGUGCGAAAUCAAGCCAAAAUACCGGCCGAGCGCCACGUAAUGACGAAAAAUACGGUCUGAGUACAGUCAUCAAAGAGUACGCGUGCGAAAUAUUCAACUGGUGUUGA